AUGACAUUGAUGCCAAUUGUUAAAGUUGUUGAUUUAUACCGUCAUGAAUUAUUGAAUAAUGAUUUUGGUAUCGAAUGGAUAAAUGAUUUUAAUGAUGAAGUAAAAGGAAUAAUUACUGAAGAAUCUUCUAAUGAUCAAGACUUGAUAAAUAAUAAUAGUCAAAUAAAUAUAAAACAUUCUCGUUCAAUUAUUCAAGUUCGAUCCAUAAAUAAUAAUGCAACACGUCUUCCACCACAUAUUUGGAGAUCACUUGCCAAGAUUGUACCUGGUGAUAUUGUAGUGGAAUUAAAUGGUGUAAACACAGCUGGACAAACAAUUGUUGAAUUUGAAAAAAAUUUAAAAUUAUCCGUUACAUUAGCUAGAUACUUAUACUAUAGUGGUGCGUACCCAUCAUCGACUCCUGUCAAUUCAACUUGGCAUUCACCUUCAUCAUAUACAUUAUCAAUAAAUAAGAAAAAUUCUUUAGAUAAUAACACUUAUUUAACAAACGGACAUUCAAAUAAUCCAUAUUCUUUAAAUAAUAAACCAAUGACCAAUGGUUAUAGUACAACAUCAACAAAAAGUCGUUCAUUUGAAAUUAAUCUUGAUUUAUGUGGUGAAAAAAUAUCCGAUGAGUUAACUAUAUCAUCAUCAUCAUUAAUUGAUUUACCUACAUCAUCAAUAAUAAGUCAUGCUAAUUAUGAUAAUCUUCCUAGUGUUAAUAAUGAAAAUGAAGUAAACUUAAUAACACAUCCAAUUAUAGGAAGAUUAUCUACACAAAUACAAUCAUCUAUAUCAAGUGAAGUUGAUCAAAAAAUAAAAGAUGAAAUUGAUGCACGACUUAAAGAUAUUGAUGAUGAAUUUGAUUUUAAUUUACCAGUUAUUGCAGAAACAGUUAAUAAAUCUGUUGAUCUUCCAUCAGCACGACGAUUAGCUAAACGGCUGCAUGCAUUAGAUGGUUUUAAGUCAACUGAUGUUGUCAGACAUUUAUGUAAAAGAUACUCAAAUGCUUUUUCAGAUUCUUUCUGGCCAUUAUCAUCGAGAAGAAAACUCAAGAGUAUAACAGUUUGCAAACUUUUACCUGUCAUUGUACGAUCAAUUUUGAGCGCUACUGUACCAUAUGCAGCAAAAUGA